AGGACAGUUUCUGAGCCGCAGUCAUCGACUGCACCACGUUCUGCGCUGCUCUGCUGCUAUACUCUGCUGCUGGUGGUGCUGCUGUUGGUGCUCUGGUACUGCUGCUGUUACCGAUCAUCCUCUUCUUGCUACUACUACUACUACUACUACUACUACUACUACUACUGUUGCUGCUACUGCUGAUUCUGAAAAGGACCCAGUGAUUUCGACGAUUGGCAAAAGAUACGAUUGAUUUUUGUGAAGGUAUGUGAUCGUUGUGACAAACUGUUUAUAUCGAAAGAGACUUUCAACGAUUGGCCAGCUAUCAUCAGAUGAAAAAGUUGUAAUUCUUUUGGAAUUCUAUUUCUUUCGAUUGAAAGGUAUACAAAGGACAAACUUUGAAAAACUCUGUGCUUCUCAAAUCCCGGAAACUGAACAGUUCUACCAACGAAAAAAAUAAAAUAAACGAAAUGAUUUGAUUAAACGAACCAAAUCACGAACCAGUGUUGUUAUUAAUUUGUUUUUGAAGAAGAACAGUGGACAAAAAUCAUAGGCCUAAAUCUUAUUUGUGAAAAGGAUAUUUGUGAAAACGAUAAGAAGAAUUUAUUAUUAUUUUCAUCAUAAUUUCUAUCGAUCGCCGAUCAUCGAUAGAUCAACGAUCAUCGGAAACUUAUCGAAUCUUUGGACUGGACUGGACGAGAAUGCAGAGUUCCGACUGAUUACACAUGCCGUGGUCGUAGCUCUCGGAAAGGAUGUUCCACGGGGGCGGAAGUGGUGGGUACGGCGCAGGCUCCGACUAUCAGCAACAAUCUCAGCAACAACAACAGCAACACGGACAGCAACUGCAAGCCCCCGUUUACGUACCUUCGUCCAGACCAGCGAUCCCUUCAGCAGCCACGGCAGCCCAAUAUCAUUCCUUUGCCGGUUCUGCUUCACCUGCGUGGGAAAAAACAGCGUCCUGGCAACAUGGCGUCGAAACUUACGCUGCUCACCAUGCAUUGGCCGGUCAUACGAGUGCUUCCAGUGCAACGAUGGGUCCACACACGGGUCAUGCUCAUCCUCAUGCUGGUCACCCUCAUACAGCACAUCCCCAUUCUACCCUUGCAGCGGCUGCACCUUUUUAUGCUCAGAACGUUGCGAUGAUGUCGUCAUGGCGUGCUUAUGAUGGCGCUGGAUUUCAACGUGCAUCGCCAUACGACACGGCGAUGGACUUUCAAUUUGGCGAGGGUCGGGAGUGCGUCAAUUGCGGGGCAAUUUCUACACCGUUGUGGCGAAGGGACGGCACUGGUCAUUAUCUUUGCAACGCAUGCGGGCUUUAUCACAAGAUGAACGGCAUGAAUCGACCGCUCAUCAAACCGUCAAAACGCCUGACGGCUACGAGACGGCUAGGAUUAUGCUGCACAAAUUGUGGUACACGGACAACGACAUUGUGGAGGCGUAACAACGAUGGUGAACCGGUGUGCAAUGCAUGUGGCUUGUAUUUUAAGUUACACGGUGUUAACAGACCAUUGGCAAUGCGAAAGGAUGGAAUUCAAACGCGGAAACGGAAACCGAAAAAGACACCAGAACCAAAUGCUAGAACCAGUACAGCGGAACACGAGACUACAGCAUCGAGUACAUCGUCACCUUCUAUGGAUCCGAAAGGUAAUCAACAACAGCAACAACAACAGCAACAACAACAGCAACAACAACAACAACAACAGCAGCAGCAGCAACAACAACAGCAGCAUCAAAUCGACGUGUCUAAAUCGUCGAGUUCCUCGACGCCGACUGAAAGGCCUGUAUACCUUGGACACACGUCCCUACUAGCAACCGGAAGUGUACCUGCCGUGAAAACGGAACCUCGAAGUUGCGACGGGAUCGUAGGUCAACCGUACUCAUCUUAUUAUCAACAUCCGCAUCAACUUAGCGUACCAACGAGUGAACAUCAACAACAGAGUUAUUAUGGAACACAGGAGGCCCCUUAUCAUCAUCAACAUCAUGUCACAGCUGCUGCUAAGCUUCUGGCAUCAUCGUAAUUUAAUUCCUUAAACGUAAGGAUUAAAGAUAAUGAAGCUUCAAUAUAAAAUAGAAGACUAUCUUACAAUUGGACGAUACCGAAGGAUAAGAUUAAUCAUCGAUAAAAGAAUUCGAUAAUCGCGAGUUUAAAGUGCAAUCCAAGCUAGCUGCUUGCUUAACGUGAUCGAAGAGAAUGAAAGAAGGAAGAAUAUCCAAAAAUAAAUAAAUAAACAUGUAAGGGGAUACGAUGAAAAGGAGAAUUAAUGUAUGUACACAAAUACGUACAUACUUGCUACGUGACUAUUAUCGCGUGACAACGGAAACGAAGAUUCGAAGGAUAACUCUCGAUGGACGUUUAAUGCGAGAACAUAACGAGAAUGACCUUGGAUCUCUAGUCAACGAUCGAUAACGACGGAUUGAAGACGAUCGUUUCGAAAUUUUACGUACGAAAAUCAUUUUAACAGCUUUCGAGAAAUUGAUAAGGAACUACAUGAGCAUUAGACUUAUCAUUACGUUAAAAAAGCACACGUACAUAAACGUACAUAAUCAUACACACAUACACACACACACACACACACACACACGCAGAUUAUCUAUAUUUUAUUCGGCUAUUCGAUAUUUCUAUGACACACAUUAUACGCGAUCAUCCUUACGAUAGUAAAAACAAAAAAAAAAGAAAAAAAAAAGAAAAAAAAAAAGAAAUGCUUUCAUUGUAAAUAGCUCAUUUAUCUGUAACGAAUGAUAUGAAUUAAUCGUGUGUUUUUAAAAUUCGUUGAAAUUAAACAGAUUAUUAUGAUCUAUACUUGCCAUUCGAGAUCAUAUUUGGAUAAUAUAGAUAACGAAUAACUCACACGAUGAGUACUUAAUUGUAAAUAUAAUUUGCUCUAAGGAUGUAUAUCACAGCUUUAGAAUUAAUCGAGACUUAUUCGACCCUUAAAUUGGUUUCGUGUUUUUAUAUACGCGUAUACGAAUAUAUAACAUAUACGAAACCUUUUUCGGUGAUUUCACAAUGUGCAUUAUCAAUUUAUAACAAUAAUCUCUCGUUCGUGUAAGCAAUAAAAAGAAAGAAUGAUUGUGCGCGCAUGAGUAUGUAUGCUGUGUGUAAGAGAGAGAGAGAGAGAGAGAGAGAGAGAGAAAAAGGAAGAGAGAAAGAGAGAGAGAGAGAGAGAGAGAAUGAAGCGGACGUAAAAGUCAUCCCAACUAAUUUAUUGACUCAUAGUCCAAAGGUUGCCUCACUUUUCCCUAUAAGCUGUAAAAUUAUAAGCGUAAUGGAGUCUGAAUUAUAAUUGUGCACAGUUCCUGUAUAAAUCGUUUCCUUUUUUUUCUUC